GUCGACCUAUCGAUAUUCCCUAAUCGAACUAGUUCCACCCUAAGCAUUACAAGUGAACACGUCGCAGCGGGGUGCUAAACGAAAUUAAUUAAAUUUUACUUAAGAAAACAAUACAUUUGACAUGUACAAUGUAAUGUAUAACAUGUGAAAUGAGCUAAGAUUGUUCAUGGCUUUUGCUCAGCGUUCACAAUAUGUUGGUGCUUAUGGGGCUGCUAAAGGUAAACACAAAUAUGAAGUGUGCAGUGAAAAUGGGCGUUUGUUUGGCAAAUGCAGUAAAGGUUUAAACAAAUAAAACAUAAAAUGUAGCCAGCUGCUUUGUGUGUGUGUGUGCGACUACAGCGGUGAGUGUGUUUGUGUGUGUGCUUGUAUCAGUUUUGUUUUGCAGCUGCUCUAUAAAUAUUCGCACUCCACUGCGGCGAAACUAUAACUAAAUCGCUAUAACAAUCCGAGGUGUUUGGGAACCUUCUUCUUUAGCUAAAAAUUAUCGAAAAUCAAAUACCUAUUGUAGAAACCUUAACCCCUUACCCAAGUAAAUUAGCAGCUGGUGCCGGGUGCAGAAGGCUCUGUAAUAGACAUAAAACUAACACAGCAUGGUACGCAGUCGUCGCAGCCUAUCCAAGGAGGAUGCUGUCUCUGUGCUUACGGACAGCGGUAUAUCGCUGUCCUCGCCGCCAGCGGCUCGCGAUUUUUCGCCGGCUGCCACGGCAAUUAAGCGACGCAAGAGCAGCCUCAACAGUCUGCAAGAUUUGUAUGUGGAUGGAGAGCCCGAAGCCGAUCAGGACUCGACGGAUGCCGAUGCGGACUAUAUUCAGCCGAAACCAAAGAAAUCACCACGCAAAGCAGAGUCCACCAAACGCAAGCAACACGUUUGCUCCCAUUGCUCGAAGGAGUUCGGCGGCAAGACCGAUCUGCUGCGUCACAUGCUCAUCCACUCCGACGAGCGACCACACAAAUGUGCUGAGUGCGGCAAAUGCUAUCGCCAGGCGGUGAAUCUUAAGAACCACAUCACCACCGCCCAUGAGCACAAGAAACAGUUCGCUUGCAGCCAGUGUCCCAAAUCAUUUGCUCUGAAGGAGCGCCUCAAACUGCACAUGCGCUUGCAUUCGGGCGAGAAGCCAUAUCCAUGUGCACUCUGCGAGAAACGCUUCGCACGUGGCGGUCAACUGCAGCAGCACAUGGUAUCUCAUCACAAGACGAGUAUACAGCAAUUUAAUUGCACCAAAUGCUCGGCCAGCUUUUCGACCAAUGCUAAUCUGCGCGUACACAUGGAGCGACACGAACAGGGAAUGGAGCACAGAUGCUCCAUAUGUGAGAAUCAGUUUGCUAAUGAAUUGGCACUGCGCGCUCAUAUCAAUCAGGAGCACCACAAGCUGAGUCAAUUUGAUUGUGAAAUUUGCCAUAAAACCAUCGAACCGGAUGAGGAUCUGGCCACGCAUAUGCAGAAACAUGCCGCAGUCAAAACGCACGUCUGCGAAGUGUGCAAUUCGUAUUUUACCCAAAAGUCGCAAUACAAUGUGCAUAUGCGAAUGCACACGGGGGAGCGGCCAUAUCAGUGUCGGAUCUGUCAUCAAACGUUUGCCCACUCCAGCGUCCUUAAGCUGCACAUACGAAAACACACGGGUGAAAAGCCAUUUCGCUGCCAACUAUGUACGGACGAGGUGGCCUUUUCGCAGCUAGCGCAUCUCAAGAAUCACAUGAAAAAGAUACACAAACAGCAGAAGCCCUACAUGUGCCCUGGCUGCCAAGAGUUCUUUAAAAUCAAAGUAGAGCUGCAGGCGCAUGCCGAACAGUGUGGCAAGUGUCAAACAACAGAGGAACCUAACGAUAGCCAAACAGAAGAUGCACAUACGCUUUCUAACAUUCGGUUCAAUAUUGCUGUUGUGCUAAAAAAGAUUAGCUCGGCACAGAAGUUGCGUCAGCUAGGUUAUGAAAAGCGUCUAAUUGAUAAUGUUAUCAUUGCAUCGCUCAAGCUGGCGCAGCGUCCAUCACAUGACGAUGCGACGUUGACGCCUUUGGCUAGGCUGCGUUUAAAUGUGGAGGAGUUUCUUAAGUGGAUUGUGCCGGCGCAGACCAUGCAAAAGUUUAGCGAGGAGCUGCUCUCGAUCGAUACGAUACUCGACAAGAUUGCGACCAUGUACAUGAAGCAGAAGUAA